AUGACAUCUGCUCAAAGACCAUCUUAUAUUAUCGUCGGAGCAGGUGUAUUCGGUGCCAGUACUGCAUAUCAUCUUUCCAAGUCGCACCCGGAAGUAUCUGUUAUCCUCAUUGAUCGCUCUUCUUCCUUUCCUUGCUCACUUGGGGCCUCACACGACUACAAUAAGAUUGUCCGAGCUGAUUAUGAGAACCUCUUUUACUGUGGACUGGCUCUAGAGGCACGAGAAGCAUGGAAGUCGGAUCCAUUAUACACGCCAUUUUACCAUCAAAGUGGACUUGUAAAUCUUGAUAAUACGGGCCUUGGCCGAAAAAUAGUGAGGAACUACGAGGAUCUCAAAGUAUAUUCCGAGGCUGCCAUUAUCAGCCCUGAAGAGAUGAAGGGUCGAUAUAACGGGCUGUUCGCGGAUACUGAUUACCAAGAUGUUGAAGAAAUCUUUAUUAAUCCUCUAAGUGGUUGGGCGGAAGCCACACCAGCUGUCGGGGCUGUUAUUGAAGCAAGUGUAGCGAAUGGAGUUAAAUUCGUUGAAGGUGAUGUCAAGAAUAUCAUUUGUAAUGAGAAUGGUGAUUGCACUGGGGUCGAGACCGAAGAUGGCCGGGCUCUUUUCGCGGACAAAAUCAUCCUCUCAACAGGUGCAGGGACAGCCAAGUUGCUUGCCAAAAGCUAUCCUCGUUGCCAGAAUUUUCAAGCGAGGGAUCGAAUCACAGCUGCUGCGGUUGUGACAGGUGUUGUCAGACUCAAUGAAAAGCAAUUGGAUAGAUUCAGGGAGUCUCCUGUGUUUAUCCAUAACAUUGAUAAUGUUCUAGGCGAAGUCCUUCCACCUACAUCGGAUGGGUUAUUGAAAUUCUGUGUUGACGUUAGUUUCAUGAAUACUUCUCUGGAUCUGGAUUCGGGUCAGUUGCUAUCAGCUCCUCCGAACUUCCCAGAUCAAGCCCAGUAUGAGGUUCCCGCAAACCUCAAAGAUGAAUGCUGUCGGGUAGUAAGAGGGAUAUAUGGCAAACAACUCGCAGGAUUCUCAUUUGAGUCGUUUAGGAUUUGUUGGGACGGCAUUACACCAAGCCAAGAUUUCAUCAUUUCGGAGCAUCCAACGAGUAACCUUUACAUUGCGACAGGAGGUUCUUUCCAUGGUUGGAAAUUCCUACCUACCAUUGGCAAAUACGUCACCCAGUUGCUUGAUGGCCGGCUUCCCGAGGAUCUCAAUUAA